CUGUUCUUGUUUUGCCUGCGCCUCUUCUCUCUCUCUCUCUCUACCUCACAGUCCAGGGUUUAUCCUCAUCACCACGCCAUGGCCUAAUCCUCUCUCUCUCUCUCUCUCUCUCUCUCUCUCUGCGUUUGAGGCUUGAACUUUUACUUUCAUCAGAGCUUCUCUCCAAACCUCAAUCUUCCUCUUCGUCGCCAUGUCUCUUCCUCUCUUUCACUCUCUGCAAUUUCACACCUCCCAAAACUUUCUCUCUCUAAAUAACAAACCCAGUUGCAGUCAUUCCCUCUCCUCCAUCGAAAACCAAGAGCUCUCCUCCGUCUUUGCAAAACCCACUUCUCUCUCUUCCCCUGGAGCUCACCCUUUGCAAUCCACUCCCCCCCAAAAGUUUCUCUCUCUAACAGAAAGACCCAACUUUUCACAGUGUCUUGCAUCGAGCCAAAGCCAGGGCCUCUCCAUCUCUUCAAAACCCAAUUCUCUCUCCCCCUCUUCAAUCCACCAAAUCCCUCCUGAUUUCACAACUGAGGACCUUCUCAGCAUUCUGAAUCGGCAGAAAGAUGCAGAAGCCACUCUUCAAAUCUUCAAUUUUGCUUCGAAGCAUCCAAGCUUCAUCACUGAACCGUCUAUUUAUGAAGCUGUUCUCAAAAGCCUUGCGACUGAAGGAGCUUUCUGCCAUGUCCAAACCCUUUUGAAUGAGAUGAAAGGGCUCCCAUCCUGCAAAAUUAGCCCAGGUACAAUGCAUAUUUUACUAGAAAACUACUGCAGAUUUAAUCAGGUGGAGGAAGCAAUUGAUUUGUUUGAAGAAAUGGGGGAUUUUGGGCUUGAACAAGAUACAUACAUGUUCAAUUUCUUGUUAAAUCUUCUUGUUGAAGAGAAUAAGCUGACAAGGGUGGAAACUAUGUAUUCUGAGAUGGGCAACAGAGGGGUUAGACCUGAUGUUUCCACCUUCAAUAUUCUUAUUAAGGCUCUCUGUAAGGCCCAUCAGGUGAAGCCUGCUGUUGCCUUAAUGGCAGAGAUGCAGAGCUUGGGUCUUACCCCAAAUGAAAUAACCUUCACAACCAUUAUGCAGGGGUUCAUAGAGGAGGGAGACAUGGAUGGGGCUAUGAGAAUCCUCACAAAAAUGGAGGAAUUUGAUUGCACCAUUGGCCCUGUGACAGUAAAUCUAUUGCUUCAUGGCUUUUGUAAAGAGGGUAGGGUAGAAGAAGCUCUGAAACUCACAGAAGAGAUGUGGGGCUCUGGUUUUCGACCUGAUAAGUUCACCUUCAACACAUUGAUAAAUGGCCUUUGUAGAGCUGGUCAUGUGACUCAUGCUCUGGAGGUCUUAGAUUCAAUGCUUCAAGAAGGCUUCGACCCCGAUACAUUCACCUAUAAUUCACUGAUUUCAGGACUAUGCAAAUUUAGUGGAACCCAAGAAGCCAUGGCUAUUCUUAGAGAGAUGGAGCUCAGAGGAUGUGAACCCAACAUUGUCACAUUUAACACUCUCAUAGGUUCACUAUGUAAAGAGAAAAGGCUCGAAGAAGCCAUGGAAAUCGCAAGUGGGUUAUCAGAAGAGGGCCUCUUACCAGAUGCUUGCACCUUCAACUCUCUGAUUCAUGGGCUCUGCAAAUCAAACAAGCUUGCAGAAGCCAUGAAACUAUUUGAAGAAAUGCAGAGGCUUAAGAUAGCACCCGAUGAAUUCACGUAUAAUAUGUUGAUAGAUAGCCUCUGUUCUCGAGGAAAGCUAGAUAAAGCUCUCAGUUUAGUGAGAGACAUGGAAGCUGAUAACUGCCCUCGAAGUGUCGUAACAUAUAAUACUCUCAUAGCUGGCCUCUCCAAGAACAAGAGAGUGGAGGAUGCUGAAGAAAUCUUUGAACAAAUGGAAGAGAGAGGGAUUUCUCGAAACUUGGUAACCUACAAUUCUCUGAUUGAUGGCCUCUGCAAAAUUGGAAGGCUCGAAGAAGCAGCUGAGCUAGUGGACCAGAUGAUAGUAGAAGGGCUCAAACCUGAUAAGAUAACCUACAAUUCCUUGCUCACUUUCUUUUGCAGAGCUGGUAACAUAAAGAAGGCAGCUGAUGUUAUGACCACAAUGACCUCUAAUGGAUGUGAACCUGACAUUGUAACUUAUGGGACUCUAAUCAGUGGUCUUUGCAAGGCUGGAAGGGUCGAUCUUGCUAAAAGAAUGCUCAGAACUAUUCCUUCGAAAGGAAUGGUUCCAAGCCCUCAGUGCUAUAACCCAGUGAUUCAAAAUCUGUUUAGGCAGCAAAAGACCGGAGAAGCCAUGAGAUUGUUUAGAGAGAUGAUGCGUGAGGGUAAUCCUCCUGAUUCUCUAACUUUUGCAAUAGUGUUUCGAGGCCUUUGUCGCGGGGGAGGACCUGUUGUAGAAGCUGUUGAUUUCUUGAGAGAGAUGCUGGAUAAGGGGAUUUUGCCUGAGGCUUUGUCCUUUUCGAUGCUUGCUGAAGGGCUUGCUGCUCUUUCAAUGGAGGAGACUUUGAUGGAGCUUGUAGAUAGAGUAAUGGAUACGGGGGACUUCUCGGAGAGAGAGAUUGCCAUGGUUAGGGGGUUUUUGAAAAUUAGAAAGUUGCAGGAUGCCAUGGCCAUUUUGGGUCGUGGCUUGAAGAGCCAGAGAUUUUAUAGAUGAGCUUUGGUCGAAUUUUAGAUAUUCUGGGAUGGUUAAUGAGAACUCUGCAAACAAAAAUUUUGAAUCAUAUACAGUCCAGGGAUUGACCGACCAGUUUUGGUCCGGUGCUCACAAAUUCCAGGUUCUUCAGUGUCCACCAAGAAGCACUAUUGCUAUAUUGAGUUUUCGACUUUGGAUGCUUGGGGAAACAGGGUGAUAAAUUUUAAACUACAUGGCACUGGAGAUCAAAUAAACAGUUGCUUAUCCCAAGUUUUAGAAAUCAAAAAGCAGUAUGCUGAGAAUUCAUCUUUUCAGUCAAGCAGAUAGAAAUUGCUCUGUCUUGUAUUUCACAUUAUUGGUUAUUCACACAGUUUCCCUUGCAGGUGGGAUGAAGCUGCUGGCCUCAUGGAUGAUCAAAAUAGAACAUGAACUGGUAGCCUUUUCUUUGACAGAUUUCAAGAGAAUCAGUAGGAAUCUUUGAUGAAAAAAUUUACAAAGUGAUACAAAAGGUAGCUUUGCAAAUUUUUCUGAGAAUGUACUCAGAACUCAAAUUGUACUGAUAAAUUGUUCUAAAUUUGUCGCUUUGUCGCA